UGGGGAUAUACAGACAACGGAGAGAAUUCAAGACCACUGCAAAGACUCGAAUAACAAGCUCGCACACUUUCUUAAAGACAUGCAUCCCUUCCACAUUCCCUCUGCUUGCUUUUUCUUGCUCUUAGGUUUUAAGAUCACGUGCGCAGUCCCUCUACAAAGCGCGGCCUUGACCAAUGAAGACAUGGAUGUCUUAAAGCUUCUGCUCCACCGACUUGAAGAGUCCAUUCCGACAAAGUUACAAGAUCAGACGUGGCCGCAAGACGACACACUGGUGCCAGACCUGGAGAAAACUGCCCUUACUGAAGCGCAGGACCGCGCACAGCCUCAGCUCAACGCGAAAGACUACCUCUCCGCCCGGGACCUGAGGACUGUUCGACACGACUCUAGCGCCAAGAGAUACUCCGGGUGUUUCAGCCGCAGACUCGACAGGAUCGGGUCAAUGUCAUCGCUGGGAUGCAAUACGAUCGGACGCCACAAUUCAAAGAGGAAUUGAAGUCUUAAGCGCAACUGUUGGAUCAUUACCUGAACGUCGAAUUAAUUUUUAAAUGUGCAUUUAUUUAUUAGAAUAUUUAUUGAACCAUUCACAUAUGUACGUAUAUUUAUAUACAUGCUUAAUGUAAUGCUAGGUCAAUAGUCAGCUGUGAAUUCAAACAUUCAAUAAAAGCAUUUAAAAUGUUUUACUAUCAA